AUGACUGCUUCAUAUACACCACCAUUCGCGCUAGUGACUGGCUGCAACAGUGGCAUCGGUGAGCAACUUGCCAUAUCCCUUGUCCAGAACGACUUUACAGUGUUCGCCACAGCCAGGCGUAUCGAGUCUCUAGAUCAUCUCGCGAGACAACAUACAAACAUCAUUGCACUGCCUUUAGAGCUUAGUGACUCCACGAGUCUCGAAAGGCUCAGAGACUCGGUCGACAAACACACCGGAGGACGCCUCGACAUACUGGUCAACAAUGCGGGGAUGCACUACGCGACACCAGCAACGGAUAUCAACGUCAAAGAAGUCACGAAGCUAUUUGCAGUCAAUGUUGUAGCUAUCAUGCACAUGUGCCAGCUCUUUAUCCCGCUGUUGCGCAAGGCCCCUCGGCCACGCAUUGUUCAGAUUGGAAGCGUUACUCGCGACGUUCCUGUUGUUUGUCAGUCUGUAUACAACGCAUCUAAAGCGGCUCUCAGCCAGUAUACAAAGACUCUUCGUGUGGAACUAAGGCCCCUGUCCAUUGAAGUCAUAGAGGUCGUUACCGGCUAUGUCCGCAGCAAUAUCCUUCGUGAUGGUGUUCUCAUCUCUGAAGACUCACUGUAUCAACCUAUCAAAAACACUGUUGAGACUAUCAAGAAUGGAGGAAACAAGAACGGCAUGCCUGCAGACGAGUAUGCUCGCGUUAUCGUCUGCCAGAUACUUGGCAAGACAUACAAGCGUGAGAUAUGGGAAGGUCAUCGGUCCCGUGUAUUGCGCUUCAUGGUGACAUUUUUCCCUUUAUGGUUAUUGGAGUUUACCCUUUUCGUGUCCUUCAAGCUACAUCUUGUAUCAGAUGCUAAGCUGAGAAACAUAUAA